AUGGGUGUCAUCCCUCUCUCGGAUCCUCCGUCCCUCGCCCUGUCCACUCUAUCCACCCUCCUCGGCUGGGCGUAUACCUUUGCCUGGUCAGCCUCGUUCUACCCGCAAGUGAUCCGCAACUUUACGCACAAAUCGACCAUCGGUCUCUCCACGGAUUUUGUCGUCCUCAACGCGGUGGGUCACUCUUCCUACCUUUUGUACAACACUCUCUUGUUGUUCUAUGGACCGGUUCGACGGGCGUAUCGACAUGCCCAUGGGGGGAGGGAAAACGUAGUCCAACUCAACGACUUUAUCUUUUCCCUUCACGCCACGUUACUCGCUCUCAUCACCCUCGCUCAGUUCCUGCGCUAUCGAAAAGCCCACCAAGGAGUAUCGCGCACCGUCUCCCUCUCUUUGGCUGGAGCACUCACCGUAGCUGUCUUCCUAGCGGGCGCAAAGAGGUUGAAACUCGUCAACUGGCUCCACAUCGUCAACGCCGCUUCCACCCUCAAACUCGUGAUAACACUCACCAAAUAUCUGCCGCAGAUCAAACUCAACGCCGACCGAGAAAGCACCAAAGGGUUCAGCAUCGAAAACAUCCUCCUCGACCUCACCGGCGGGCUGCUCAGCCUGGCACAGUUGGGCGUGGACGCAGUGUGGAUCCAGGGCAGCUGGAGCGGUGUCGCGGGAGAUUGGGGCAAAUUGGGAUUGGGUCUGUUGAGCAUUGCGUUUGAUGGCGUGUUGAUCUGGCAGCACUACGGCGUGUAUGGGGCCGUGGAGGUGGAUGAGGACGAUGAGAGGGAGGAGACGCCGGAUGGGACGGGCAGGAGGAGGAGCGGGUACGGAAGUUUGGCUGGGUCCAGACAGGCCAGUUACAGCUCGAGAAGGGCGAACCAGGAUGGCGAGACGGAAGAUUCGGCGUUGCUCAGAUAG